AUGGAUACCCAGAAACCGGCAUCCAAUGGCUCUCCGACGCAGGAACAAACUCGGACGCCGCCAGCACUUAAAUGUCUGUUGUCUUCAGACUUAGAUGCUAUCCCGGAAAAUGUGUUAAAUGAGGCCGCCAGGGGCCCGUUAAGGGAUUUAAUCCUGCAUGCCGAUAGCCCACUAACAUUUUCCGCCAACGACUUAUCAUCAUCUCAUAUGGUGGCUAUUUGUAAUUCAAUUAGCGCGUUUCUUGAUGCAACGGCUCUCUCUACAAAUGAACGGAUCCGCGAGUUUUCAUUGUCCGGAUCUAACCCUCCUUGGGCCUGCACCUUUGAGGUUCUGCUCGAUCGCUAUGAGCGCAAACCGAAACCAAUGAGGCUGGUCCAAACUUCGUUAAUCAGAAUUAUUUCAAGGCAUCAUGAUGACUCCAUCAUCCAGUCAGUGCGUUCAAACCUAAUUCAGUUGGUAAUCCCCAACAUCUUAUUGUGCGAACCCCGGUCAAGGCUCAAGGCAUGCCUGAUCUCCCUAGAAUGGCUUAUCCGAAAGGAUACCCUCCCGGUGCUUGACCUGAUCCAAAAGAUGAAGACAUGGAUGUUAGAGAAUCCUAUGGCUUGGGCGCCGCGAUUAGAGAGGCAUUGCAUCAAGCUUGGGGUUCCCAUAAACAUCUUUAUUGAUAGAGAAAGCAGUCAAAACAUUGGAGAAAAUGAAUUGCUAUUCUACGCUGCCCAAAUUUUUACCAUUUCUCUCCUCCUUAAUUCUAAUAACCGAGACUUGGCCCUCCCAGCUGGAACAUUAUUUACUCUGUUCUGCCAUAGACUGGAAGCCGCUUCAAUCAGUUUUUUGUACAAUAGUCCGAGCAGUUCGGGUUCUCUCUGGCAAGCCCCUCUCAGAUAUAUUGCAUUGCAAAAUCUAGAUGCAUUGAAUGCAGUGUCUGAUCAUUUUCUCUAUCCGCUGUUCAAAGCGAUACCCUCUGGGUUUCAGUCAUUUAUCCGCACUCUACCAUGUCACGACUUGCAGCCUAGUUCAUGUGAAGCCACCACGGAUGAGCUUAUUGUACUCUUUGCCGCUCUUCAAAUAGCCAAAGAGCUCGGUCUUGUGCAGGAAGGCAGCUCAGGCGUACUUACGUCGGCCUCUGGCGAGUCAUAUAUUAUCGAAAGCGGCCGAAUUGGCGAGUUUUUAAUACACUCUGAAGCUGCCAUACGGCUCUCGGCCCUUUCUUUGAUGAUAACAGCCCCCUCCACCACAAAGCCGUUCUCCCCAGAUAGCCUCCAAGUUUUAAUCAAAAAUUUCCCUUAUAUGCAUACUGACAGCGACCCCCAAUAUCGAGGAGAGGUAUUCAGCCUAAUUCGAAAGCUUAUCAUUAGGUUACGCGGUGGUCUGUCUUCCUGUCGCAAAAUGGCGAACCUUGCGUAUGGGUCACAGUCUACCAACCAAAAUACACCUGGGGAUGAUAUGCCUGGAGCCAAGCACGCCAAUGUCGCCGAUGCCCAUGUACAGUUUCUACGGUGGUAUGUGGAUUUUCUCGAACUAGAACUUCAGCCAACAAUGUCCUAUCAAAGGCACAUAUCAGCCCUCAAGACCUUGGUACUGUUAUCGCAGGCAGGUCUGGAUAGUAGAAUUGACCCUAUACACUUGUCCAGGCUUGGCCAGGAUCAAAUGUCCUGGGACUGUAGUAUUGAAAUAUUUCGACCAAGUCUUUUCAGACUCAUGGGUGAUUUGCUUAUAAACCCAUUCGACGAUGUCCGUUCCACAGCUCUGAUGCUUCUAAAUAUGUUUCCUCGAGCACAUAUCCAAUCAACGCUCGACAAUGGCGGACAAGAAUAUAUCAUAAAAGGGCGAGAUUCACCUUUGCGACUACAACUCGUUAAGGCUUUGGAAAGAGCAGAGCGUGUCGCAAGCCGCACUAGCAGAGCUGAUCAUGCUGAUGCAGUGGCACGCCUCUACCACAUUAUAUUCGACCUUGCAAGUUGCAGCAAAUCCAAAUCCUCAGACACUGGUGGAAAUUGGUAUGAGCAAAAACAAACUAUCGUGGAAAGACUUGUCACAAUUUUGGAAGAAACCCUGUAUUCAACUGAUGGCUCGUUUCAAAUCGCAAUCCGGGAGACUUCUGUCCACGGUUACAUCUCUGCAUUAAGUAGGUAUAUCGUGUCGACCCCUGAGUUUCAUUCUCAGUUUCCCUCAUCAGAAACCGGGCGUCCAUACUGGAGAUUAUACCACGAUCGACUCGUUUUGCUCUGCCAAAAUAUUUGGCUUGGUGUUCGGGCCAUCCUCUGUAUAGAUUCCCCAGAAGGACAGGACGAGGACGCAGCGGAUGAGCUUAAGGGCCCGAAAGAUUUGUUAUCAUGCUCUUGGCGUGCAUUGCGGGAAUCCAGUAUGCUACUCCACGCGAUAUUACUCAAUUUGAGCUACUCCCCCGAUUCUUCUGGCACUGGACUCGUUAGAGACGAUUUCAAUAAAAUAGGAACACUAAGUUUUACUCAACUUGCCGAGUUACGACACCGGGGUGCAUUUUCUGCAGUUUCGCAGACUUUCACCGCUUGCUGCGCACGAUGUGCCCAGUCGAAGGAGCUUGGGACUACCGACCUUCUAGAGGUCUGGUACAGGGAUGCUUUGGAAAUCAUCGACGCGCAAGCUUCGAAGCUCACACGAAGAUCAGCGGGCCUCCCUGCACUUAUCACCGGGAUAGCUUCUUCUCAACCCGAUGGUUCUCUUUUCCGCCAAAUCAUGCACGAUACUCAGGAGAUUGCUAAGCUGAGUGCGCCUACAGGUGCUAUAGGGUCAGAUAUCAAAUUGCCCCAGGUUCACGCCUUAAAUUGCUUGAAAGAUAUCUUUACGAACACGAAACUAGGCCCAUCGACGGAAGCCUAUGUCAUGCCUUGCUUAAGGAUUUCUGCUGAGUGCUUAGGAUCCAAAAUAUGGGCAAUUCGAAAUUGCGGAUUGAUGCUUUUCAAGGCUUUAAUGAAUCGAAUGUGUCGUUUUAAGGCGGGAUGCAGCGCGGGCCUGGGAGGGAGUUCUGGAUCUGAGCCUGGAAGUAGGAUCGUUUUUCAAAAGUAUCCCGGUUUAAUUGAGCUAUUGGGCCAACUCCUACAAGACCCCAUCCCUAAUGAAGAACAAGAGACAAGUUCGCAGUUAUGGGAGCUGUCCAUAAAAACGGAGCGAGUUUUCCCAGCUCUGGAGCUAAUUGGAGAGAAGGUGCCGUCCUUUUCUAGGGAGGAGGAAAAGCUCCUAAGGAACUUUGUAUUCGAGCAGUUUAAAAGCCCUGUUUGGGGUAUCAGGGAGCACUCAGCGAGGAUAUAUGCGUCCCUCCUAGGGCAUGAAGAGAUACCGGCGACUGUCUGUGAGCUCUCCACAGUUCCCCACGGAUCCCUCUCACAGAACCAAAUCCACGGAACGGCAUUAUGUAUUAGAUAUGCUCUGCAGAGACUCUGGGUUUCCUCGAGCGGAUACUGGCUAGACGGCUCCGGAUCGACGCUUCUUACUGUGAAAAAAGUUUUCCAAAAUCUAUUUUCUCACGCCAGGUCUCCUUUCGUGCUGGCUACGCUGGUCGAAAUCCUUAAUGAUGUUACUGAGGCAGGUACCCGUUGUGGUCUUGAAGCCACUGUCAUACCGCAAAUCAAUGCCCUAUUGGAAGAACAUGGGCUUUUCGGUAUACUAAGUGACCUGGUUUCGCAAGUCAAUACGACAAUCUCCAAAUCCUCAUUUCUACUUUUAAAAGCACUUUCCGUCUCGAAAACUAGCAUUCUCCUUGAACGAGCGGUCGCAUCAGAAGAUCUAUUGAUGUUUAUAGACUCGAUCUCAGCAGUAGACUCCGACACCACCUGUUGGUUGCUAAACCACAUACACCACAGUUUCAGCUCCCAUAAACGGUCCCAGGUACAGAGGAUAAAGCUCUACAUUGCCAUGAUUCAAGAGGCACGCUCUCAGCAAAUACGGCUUACCAUUACCUCCAAUCUAGCGGAUGAGUUGAUGAUACUGUUGGAAAAUACUUCUCCGCUAUCCACUGAGUUCCACUUUUUACAAAAAUGGGUUGUAUCUACAGAUAUCUCAAAAGACGGCGAUGGUGCCAGUAUAGGGAGUCGUGAUAUGCUAAAUGCAUCAUUACGCCUACAAGGAUGCUUCCUGGCGCUGAGAAUGCUGUCAUUCGAUGUGCCUGAAGUUUCCUUGGGGUUCAAAACAAGAUUGGAUAAAUGGACUCAAAGCUUAAGAUUUGCCAUUGGCGACGAAACCGAAUUCUCAACCCGCCAUGCUGCUGCGCUUUCAAUGAAAACUUUUGUUUUAGGGUUGAAAACAAGCAACACUCAUUCCAAGAUCGAACCCAAUAUCCUAGAGACAUAUCUUGUUUUGUAUGGGAUGCUGAACGACGACGAUGAGGACAUCAGAUAUCUUGCAGCGCAAGCAGCAUCCACACUUUUCUCGCUUGUUUCUGAUAGUGCAAACGAAGCCACUACAUUACUUCCUCUCGCGGCUAGCUCGAAAUUGGCCGAUAUCCUCGCCAAAACCUUUGCUAAUUCUACAACUUUAUGUGCAGAAGCAAUGGACCGAUUCCUCGGGCUGCCAACCAUGCUCUCGGGUACUAAGUUCAACGAAAAUAAAACUAUCACUGCCGUUUCUAGGCUCUUUGCAGAAUUUCAGACGGAGAGCACAGUUCUAUUCCAAGAAGAAAAACAGAACUUGUUUGUUGAGGACGUGCGGGAAGUUGAGAUAUGGGCUAAAGUGCUAUCGCAAUCAGUAGCGAGGCGAGAGAACACAAGCUUCGCCCUACAGCUCUACUCCUGGGUUGCUGAUGGUAUUUCUACACUGAUAAAUGAAACGCGGGAAGCCGGUAGAGAUGGCGUGCUAGGCUGGAUAUCUGAUCCAGAUGUUUUUACCUUGGGCGUUCGAGUCAUUCGCGGCGCAAAGAUUUUCCUCCUUGUUCCUCCGUCUGAAACUUUGGACUUCGACAAAUCCCUGGUCCGUCAAAGACUGCAGGAUUUAUGGGAUCAGGGUUAUAAGGUCGGCAUGCAUCAUUGCUGGUUAACCCUUCUGAAAACGAUUAUCGAUUGCGAUGAUGGCUCCGAGAACAGCUGUGACCCUAAAGACUCUUUAAGAAGCAAGGUGUAA